UCUAUUUUGCUGGUGCUCAUUUGCGCUCCUUGUGCUGCCUUUCUUUGUCUACUGCUGAAGGUAUGGGUUCAUGCUCGGAAUGCUCCCAACCCAGAAACUUGUGCACCCGGCCAUCUAGAUAUUGUACAGAGUUUUCUGUCAAGAUGUUGGCAGAAGAUUUCGAAGAAUAUUCUAUUCUCCCUUGCUGUUACUAUACAAGGAUUAAAUUUUUAUGUCCAUCAAAAAUAAUGAAAGCUGUAGGUAGACCAGCUCCCCACUUGCAUGCACCUGAUGAUGUCUUCACAACACAUCAUCUAUUAUUGCAUGAUUGCGAUACAUACUUUUCCAUCGAAGGACCUUAUUAUUUGUCCUUGUUAGAAGCAUUUCGUAUCACUGCUGGAGAUACGAUCAAAUUUUCAUAUGAUGAAGAUGAAGACAUCUUUAAUGUCUCCGUAAUUGUUGGAAUAGAUCAACCAAAAUAUUGGUUUGGAUUCCCUGAGUGCCAUAACCUACCCGCUGAUUCUGAAGAAGCGUUCCGUAGCACUUUUUUCAUGGAAGCAACAGUUUUUUCCCAAGCAGAAAUGAACAGACUUGUCACUCGCUAUAGGGAGUACAUGAGUAGUCAGCAUUAUCACAACAAUGCUCCUAAUUUCAUUAUUCACAGGCUAGUGAGUAGUGAAUACGCCUGUUGGGUAGUUCCAUUCGAAGCUAUCAAAAGUAAUGUUGUUCUAAAAAGGAAGGGCGAUUGUAUUUAUGCAUACAAUCAAUAUUCUGUCCAAGGAACUUACAAAAUAAGAGAUGAUGGCACUAUCAUUUUCCGUGAACACUGGGCUGAUUUACGGGUGGACAACAACAUAUUACCAGGAGACUUAUUCAUUGCAAGGGUGGUGGCUAAUAGAAGUUACAUAGGACUGGAUAUUCAUAUUAUUUAGAAAGAGAAGAAUUUCUUCUAUUUAUAAUAGUAGUUUUUUUCUCUAUUUUUUUUGUAAUAAUUUUAAUCUUUUUUUUAGAGUUGUAGUUCAAGAAGAUUGGUAUUUUUAUUUCUCCAACUUGUAAUAAUUGUUAUUUUUUUGUUUUCUACAACCUUAGUAUUUAUUCCAUGUAUUCCCUAAUUUAUUUCACAACCCAAGUUGUGUUUCCUUAAUUUUUUUUAUCUUGUUGGUACAACUGUAAUCCAAGUAUUUCUGUGGUUUGUUUUCCUUCUUGUAACCCGUCAGUUUUAUGUUCCAUGCAGUCACAUAGGUUGUCCCAAUAUAGUAAUGUAUUUUUUGUUUCCUCCUAAUCAUGUGUUUUUGUUCCUUAAGUUUUUGUUCCAACAUAUUGUUGUUUUUGUUCCUA